AUGCCCCCCUCUAUUCCUAACCUCACCGGCUCGUCCUCGCCCUCCGCCGUGCCCUACGGCCCCUACAAAUCCUUUCCCUGGGAGCCUCUGCCAGAAUACGGCGGCUCCAAGUCCGUCAUCUACCGCUCUGAAGAUGGCAAGGUCGUCGCUGCCGCCGCAACAGAGACCGGCACGGCGACCUUGACGUACCCGUGCGACGAAUUCUUCUACGUGACGAGCGGAUGGAUCAAGCUCGCGGUGCAUGGCGGCGACACGUUUACCCUGUCGCAGGGCGAAUUUGUGUAUCUGAAGAAGGGGACGACGGUGGACUUUACUUUUGGGCCGGACUUUGCCAACGUCGCGGUGUUUAUUGACACGGAGAAGGUGACUUUACUCUAGAAGUAUCUUCACAUAUCUUAAUUCAGUA